AUGAAAUAAAUAAUUGAUCAAGUUGACUAUUAACCUAAUGUCCCAUACUAGCCAUUGCAUUCAUAAAACGUUGAUAAUAAUGCAUAUACAUCUAAAUCAGAUGAAUUGGAAUAAUUGCUCAAAGGUAUAAAUAUCCCGGAUUAAGUGGAAUUUGAACAUUAAUAUAAGUAUAAUGACAAUACUUGUUUUGGAUAUGGUUCUAUUACUGGAGAAUCUAAAUUUGAUAUUCAAGGAAUAGGAUAACUUGACUUUUCUCUGACAGUAGAAAUUAUGUGCUUAAUCUUUUGUUGUUGCUUUUGUAGGUUUAUCGAUUGCGAUGAACAUGCAUACCCAGAAGAGGUUUAUGUUCUAAAAAAUGAGUAAGUAAGAUUAGAAUUUUGGCCUGGCGGUAUUGGAAGGAUAUUUGUAAAUGAUAAAUAAGUUUUUGAAUUUCUCUAAACUUUUCCAAACGUGUGUGAUGUUUUUUAUUCACAUUUUUUGAGUUCCUAUCCAAAAUUAAAAAUUUUUUCCCCAAUUGAAAAGAAUUAUUAACUAACUUUGAGACCAGAUAAGAACAGUUGUCCAGAAAAUGUGAUUGGGGGAUGCGGUUGUUUGGCAUGUUUCGAUCUUUUUACAACUUCAAAGAAUUAUCAUGUAGAUGGUCUUACUUAAGGAAGAUGCCAAAUUAUUAAUACUAGAACUCCAUGUGAAGCUUGCUCUUAAAUAACUUUAAUGUAAGGGUAAUGCUGUAAAUUAUGUCCUGAAAUUAAUUAUCCUCGUUUUGCUGUAUAAUUUGAAGGCGUCAGGAAAAUUGAUAAGAUUGCCAUCAUAAUGGGAUUAGUUCAUAUUAGUUUCUAUAAGAAAUGGAUAAAUCUUUUAGGCCACCUUCAUAUUAGAAUUCACGAGGCGAAAUUUAUCCCUGUGGUAUGA